AUGCAGGGAACGCCCUUAUGUUUGACGAACCCGCUUUCCAAGUCUCACCUACCUUGUACUUCAGACAGUGAGCCACGGGAACCUCAAACGACGGCCAUGACACACAUUGCCAGCUGCAUACGGCCUGACGCUGUUAAGACAUCCGUUUAUAUAAUUCAAGAAACAUCCAUCAGCAUGAGUGCUUCCAGAGACCUGAGCGUAUCAAGUGCGCCUCUGAUCAAAAGCCCACCCACCACCAACCUUCCUCAGACUGCCUCCAGGUACCAAAUUUGGCCAUCACCCAAGCUUGCUGCCGGAGAGUCGUCUGAUAAGCUGGCGGCCCUGUCUGUUAGCCGCUCCGGCACAUCACUCAGUGAUACAGCUGUUCUACCAGAGGCUGUGCCGUUCUGGCAGCGUGCAGGCUCAAUGUCGAGGAGGAGGAAAGUCAGCGUUCCCGAGAUAUCGAGUACCAUGACAACGGUCCAAGAAAUGCUUGUUGAUUCUCCAACAAUUCCCGGCAGACCACCUCUACGCAGGCCUUCGUAUGAUAACUUCGGUCAUGAGAGGUCCAAUAGUGCCCCGGGCACAAAUUGGAGGGCUGGUCCCUUUGGCGAUGCGAUGAUUUCUUGUAUUACUGGACCCACCCCUGUUCUGGCGCAGCAAACAACUCCCACCCUUCCCCAAGAGUUGCCCAGCGCUGCUGGACCGUCACUUUCUCCAAUCCUUAGUCCUGGUGCGAAGCCGUCACUGAGUGUUGAUACAAGAAACUCAGCCCUGCCACCUGAGGUACCUCCCAAGUCGCCGGCUGUCGAACGCAAGGGAUCGCCAACUCCUCUUAAGCUCAGCUCCAAAUCGAGCAGAACUCCACUCACAACGCCAGCGUCUGCGGCAUCGAGCGGUGCUACUCUUCUCAGUGCAACUGAUGUGAGACGCUCGCCGAAAACAGGGACACUCCUUUCAACUCCUUCAUCAGCAGUGUCAAACUCCUUCCGCACAGCGUCACCACGAAGCUCACCGCGGGUUGAGAAGCAAGACCCACUCACAACUCAAGGCUCGUCGCACACCCGUAACACGUCAGAGUCAUCAAUCAUGGAUCGUGGUCGUCCUGCUCAGCGCACCACCAAGAGAUCACACAGCCGGACUGCCUCGGAGUCUCUUGGUCCUGCUGGCCAGGGAACUGAUAAAUGGACACUUCCACGAGGCAUGCGCGUGCCUGAAGCGUCGGGUCGCAUGAGUAAUGCCGACCAGGAGACACUUCACAAGCAGGCUUACGAGCAGGCUGGCAACUUCGAAGUAUUGAACAAGGGGGAUGUAGCAUCUAUGUCUAGGGAACUCCGCGCUUUAGAUGAACGUUGCGACUAUCUUCGCAGGACAUACAAAUCCCUGCGAGCAGGACGUCAGAAGCUUCACAGCCGCAUGAUCUCUUAUCUCAAACGUGGAGAGACUGCUAUUUUCUCCCGCGAGUCUCUUCUCAAACAGGAAGAAGCACUUGCCGAGCUGGACAACUCCAUUGAUGAGUUCAUUGCCAAAUUAGAGCAAUCCGAGAACCGACGCUUGCGCCUCCGGCAAAAGCUACUUGAGCACGUAGCCGCAGCUAUAGUACUGAGCCCUGCUAUGCGCCGCGAUACGGCAGAGACCACCCCACCGCGAAGCCCCGUCAAAGCAGAGGACAGCCCUGUCCGCGCUCAACUGAAGGAAACGGAAUCAAUCAAGAUAUACGCGGACGGCCACGUGCUUAACCUGUUCUCCAACAUCGAGAAAGCCAUUAGUCAGAUGUGCGAGCAAACCUGCUAA